AUGACUUAUGAGUGUAGAGUAGAUGAAGAUGAAGAAGAAUGUGAAUCCCAAGAAGGUGAUGAUCAGAGUGAGAGAGCCGAAGAUAUUCAACAUGAUGGCGAUGGGGUGUUCGAAUUUAUUGAUGAGGAAAACAAUAAUGUUAAUGUUGUUUCAUCUUUCUUAGCUCUUCACGAAGUAAUGGAAGAUCCUGAGGACCCAAUAGAGUUUUCCCCUGUUCAGUAUCACUCGGCACCAUCAUUGCAGUUUGAAAAUGUAGAAAACAUUGGUAAUGCCGUUUCAAGUGACUGGACACCAUGGGAGAACACUAAUAUUGGAAACUCGGGUGGAGAGUUCAUGGUUGGCCAAGUUUUUAAUUCAAAAGCAGAUUUACAACAUGCUGCGAAGUUGUACUCUAUUAGUGCACAUCAAGAGUACGUUGUUGAGUCAACUACAAAGUUGUUAGUCUUAAGAUGCAAGAAGGCCAAACAAUCUCAAUGUCCAUGGAAACUCCGUGCUAUGGUUGUAAAAGGUACAACUUCAUUUGCAAUCAAUAAAUACAAUGGUCCGCACAAAUGUGUAAAUCCUUGCUUGAAUCGGGACCAUCAACAAUUAGAUUCCAACUUGAUUGCUGCUCAUAUCCAAGGAAUGAUUAAGGCACAAUUCACAUUGUCAGUGGCUGCUAUUCAAGCAAGUAUUGUGGAGAAAUUCGGAUACCAAAUAUCAUACAAAAAGACAUCUAAAGCGAAGCUUAAAGCUCUUACAAACUUAUUUGGUGAUUUUUAUAAGUCAUAUGCAGAGCUGCCACAUUUUUUCAUUGCCUUAGAGCAGGCAAAUCUAGGAUGUGUUGUUAUUUCAAAAACAUUUCCUGGUAUUAUGGAGAAUACAGAGAUAUUUCAGUGA